UACAUUGCAGCGACUUAUGCUCCUUUUUAGCGUACACCAUCACAUAAUAUGCCUUGGAUUACUGUGCUGCUGCGUUAUUUGCAGGUCAUCACACCUCAAGUGAUUCUGCUGUUAUUCCAGUUCACCCUGACUUCAGAAUGAUAGCACUGGCCAACAGACCAGGCUUUCCUUUCCUUGGAAACGACUUCUAUGCUGCUCUAGGCGAUAUGUUCAGCUGUCAUGCUGUUGAUAACCCUGACCUGGAGUCCGAACUUGCAAUGUUGAGGCAGUAUGGGGAGAGAUGUUCCGGAGCACCUGCUUGAGAAACUGGUUGGAGCGUUCUCUGAGCUGAGAGCCAUGGCAGAUGAGGGCCUUAUUGCGUACCCUACUCCACCCGGGAAGUCGUGGCUAUCGUCAAACACCUCCAGGAGUUUCCACAUGAGGGAGUGUCAAGUGUUGCACGGAACGUGUUUGAUUUUGACACCCACAACCCGGACCUGCUUCAGGUGAUCAUGAGAGUUCUCCACAGGCAUGGGAUCCCGGCUGGGGCCUCCUCCAGCAGUGUUCGACUCUCCCGCAAUAUCCGUUACCGCUCUCCAGCAAAUUGGCCAGUGGAUUGUAAAAACUGAUAAUGCUAUGACUCUUGAUUGUCAUCACUUACCUGUUGCCUUGAAGGGACCAUCAAGAGGCACUCCAACAGAAUUGGAUCUGGAGAAGGUCAAUGUGAGAGGAAGGGAGUUCUCAGAAUUGCUUUCUCACUGGAGAGUACCUUGGAUACAGGCAAUUUCAUAGCAUCCACCUCCAUUGGACCUGGGCAUUCAGCUGAUUCAUCAAAGGUUCUGCACGCAGCACUGGCCAAUCCUGUGUCAGUGUUGUCGAUGCCUGUGUCUGUUAGUGAGAGCAAAGGCUAUUGGCUGGAUCUCUCCUCUCUGUUCCCCAUUGCUACUGGCAUGUGGACUCCUCAUCUAAACAUGGCACCACUGUCCCAUGGGAGAAUACUCCUUCAUGAAGGACUGAGCAACAGUAUGCUUACGGUGGAUGCCUUUGAGGGUUGUGUGUAUCGUGUAACAACUGAUUCCAUUACGAGAAGUGUGAAGGACAUGUUGGGAUGGAGACAGAGCUCCAGCCACCAGGGUGAGAGUGUCCUGUGUAACAGUACAGAUAGAACUGUGCAUUUGUUCCGGAGGGGAGGAACUACUCUGGAAUCGUACAACUUGACUGGUGAAGUGUCCAGUGGAACUGUAGUUCACUUACCGUUCUCACUUGGUGGAGUGCAUGUGAUGUCUGAGAACCAGAGGCUCCUGACAGAGUGUGACUCUCCAAGGUGGUAUAUUCUGAAUUCCUCUGGAAAUAACCAAACAACUCUGUAUGAAGGUGUCACAACGGGAGAUUUGAUACCCUCUCAAGUCACUGCUCUUGGUGAGAGUCACACAGAUUCUGCUGCAGGAAGACAUGUAUUUGUAGCUAAUACUACUGUAGGGUUCCUGGACACACUACGACACAAUGAUAGGAUAGAUAUGAAUAUACAUGGCGUUCCCCUGGCGGAAUCAAUGGACGGUGUUGUUUUUCAGAAUGGCUCAAAGCCAGUAAUCUUCUCUGAGUCUGGCGAUAUUGCUCUGCCAACAGUGAGAGAGAGUGAACCAGCUGUAGGACUGGUGGACUUAGCCCAUCAGACUGUCCGGGAGAUAGUGUUACCGCCGUCUGAUGCUGGUGCUGCUACUAGUUCAUCAUACUCACAGCUCCACCUGAAUGUGGUCAGUGAUAGUCAGCUGGCUGCUGUGGACCAACGAGGAACUGUGAGAAUAUUGGAGACUGGGCGUUCUUCCCUUGAAAGGUCACUAAUGGAGUGGCAGGCUCUGGUAGGACAAGAACCAGAAGGACCUCUUCGCAUGGAAUACGAACGGAAAAGUGGCCAAGAUGUGUCUAGCCCCAAACAUGGAAAAGUUGAUCAAGACAACACACCUCAUGUUGGUGGGAACACAUGGGCGGGAGGCACUGGAGGAAGAGACACAGCUGGACUGGGAGGCAAGGGAGGCCCUUACCGACUUGAUGCUGGUCACGACAUUCACCAGAUCCCCGACUGGGAGAAGGAGGCUGUGCCUGAAGAGGUAAAAAGAGCUGCACGUGAAAUGGGACAGAAAGCCAAGAGAGAGAAGUUGAGAGAAAUUGGGAUGAGCGAACAUGAUAAUGAGAUGUAUCAGACAAUGCUGCGGAAAGUUCAAAGACAGAUUCAAACACUCCGUGUGAUGUUAGCCAACAUUCAGUCACGCAGUUCAGAGAGAGAGUGGUUAAGGCACCAGACAACAGGAGAUUUGGACGAGAGGAAGCUUAUUGAAGGGCUGGCAGGGGAGAAGGCUAUAUAUAAGAGAAGAGGAGAAAUAGAACCAGAGGUGGGUGGAAGUCAUGUGUAUCCAAAACGUAUCAGGCUGGUUGUGGACGUCAGUGGCAGCAUGUAUAGGUUCAACAGUUACGAUGGGAGGCUGGAAAGGAGUCUGGAGGCUGUGCUAGUGGUCAUGGAGGCCUUUGACAAACAACCAAACUUCAAGCUGGACAUAGUAGGCCAUUCUGGUGAUUCUAUUGAAGUUCCGUUUGUGGAGUCUUCUAAUCCACCUGCUAACGACAAGGAGCGGCUACAAGUGCUAAAAGCCAUGAUAGCGGAGUCCCAGUACUGCUGGAGUGGCGACAACACCAUGGAGGCCACCAGAGCUGCCAUCCAACAGAUAUCAAAGGAACCGGCCGACGAAUACUUUGUGAUUGUGUUCAGCGAUGCCAACUUCUCACGCUAUGGUAUCAGACCUAGUCACUUUGCAUCUCUGAUGAACUCUGACCCCCGAGUGAAUGUGUUUGCCAUCUUUAUUGGCUCUCUUGGAGACCAGGCCAAAAGGUUACGUGAGGCACUGCCAUCAGGCAGGUCACUCAUAUGUAUGAACAACAAAGACCUUCCUCAACAGUUGCAGCAGAUAUUAGCAUCAACUAUCAAAUAGACGCUAUUUUUGUCUGUGUUUAUUUUAAGAGAGGCAUGCACUCUGAUUAGCUAUUGGCAAGUGAGAGCAAUCAACACAUGUUCGACCUAUCAGCAGGAGUCCUGGGAGCUGUACCCCACACACCUUGUCCUUGGGGGUAAUGUAAUGAUAGAGUUGUUGAAUCAUUUUCUAUGUCGGUGUAAGCGUCUUCUUGUUUUAUUCACCUCAGUCACA